GGAAAAAGUAGAGUUAAAAUUGCAUAUUCUGAAUGCAGAACUGAUUGCACUUCUAAAAACAACAAAACAUUAAGCGAAUAAGAAAUGUGCAAAGCCAAAUGAAAUAAAAACAUAAUUGAGUCUGUGAAAUUCCCAGUGGUUUUUCCAGCAGGGUGUUUUUAGAUGCGGAUCACCAGUCAUUUAAAUGCAAGGUGACAGUAAUGGGAGUAAAUUGUUGAGGUUGUUAAAGUUAUAGCUGCAGCCUCGGCAGAAAUAGGGAAAAAUCGUUUUAGUGGACGGCUGGCGGAGAGAAGAACCUCCUCUGUGGUUUGGUGGAGCUUUAAGUUAUUAUGAGUCUCUAAAUCAGAGGCUGUAAUGGAAAAAAAAAGUUUUUUUUAUCAUUCUCUUCCACAAUCUAUUGAACAUAUUGCUGUUUCUAUAAAUACAGACUGUUGCACAUCUGCAAAUGGGGCCUAAUGAAACACUGUGUUGAAACCGCACUGUUCAUUACACUGGAUGGAUUGAACAGGGUGAUGCAUGAAUGACAUAUUUGACAACAUUAAUCCUGCAGACUUGUCAAACCUCAUACAGAACAGCAGUAAUAUCAGCUGACUGUGAUUUCACAUUCUGGUUAGAAGUGUUUCUAUUUGCACUUAGAAAUGACAGGAAUAAACCAAAGGAAAUAUUUAAUCACAAAGGUAACCAAACUAUAGUAGGAGAAAGUACAAAGGAAAAAUAAGUUGAUAGUGGAAAAAUAAAAGUCUAAUGCAGUAAUAUACUUUAACACUAAACGACUGAAGGUGUACAAGACUAAUUCAUUGUUCAAUACAAGAGAUUCCUACAAAAUCCCAAAGUUUGAAAUAAAGUGCCUUUUUUCUACUCUCCCUCCCCAAUAUUAGAGGGAUUUAAUUGGAAUAAACCAAAAUGAAGUCAUGCAUAAAAAUGCGUUGAAGUAGACAUUUUUAUAAACAUCUGAAAAGUUUGGUGUGAAUACUUCUGGAAACUGAACCUCCUUUCCAGUUUGAAGUCCGUUGCGGGAUGUUUGACUUCUCAUCAACUAUUGCCAGGCGGUUCCUCGACCCUGCUGAGCUAGACUUCUUCCCUCAACAUGAUGCUGCCACUACCAUGUUUAACUGAUGGAUGUUGUGUUAAGGGUGAAGUGCAGAGUUAGCUAAUGUUGGUCUCAUCUGGUAAGAUUGCCUCUUCUUACCAAUUUCCUGGUACAAAGAAACUGAUGUGUAACUUCAAUGUCACCUUAUAUUUGUGCACUUCUUUGUGUUGGUUUAUUCUAUUAAAAUCCCCCAGAAAAACAUGGAAGUUUGUGAUUGUAAUCUGACAAGAUGUGAGAAAAGUCUCAUCGAUGUACCUCUUCUCUUGAAUUAUGACUUGUAAUGUAUUUUUCAACAUGUGAAUUAUGACCAAAGUCUUGAAUAAAAGCAUGCGCACAAUAUAUAUACUUUUCAGAAUAAUAGUGUUUCUUUCCAUCUUGCUUGAUGUUUUUAUUUGGUCAAGAGAAGCUCAUUUCUUGUUUCCUUUUUGCGGUUUGUAUCUCCUGCUUUCUGCUGGGUCAGCUUCAGCAGGAACAGAGGGAGACCAGCAGCUUUAAACUGCUUUAACAUAAAUCAAUGGCUCAUUCCAGGUAAAUCUCAAUCUGACGUCCAGUCCUGAGCAGAUGUUAGGGUUGCCCCCUAGCGGCUGGAGAUCAGCUGGAAUCUUUUGCUUUACAAUGCCGCUAUUUUCAUCACUAUUAACCAUUUUCUGCAUCCUUUAUUUGAUUGGUUGCACGAUUCCACCCACGUAGCCUGUUUUCUUUUAACGAAUGCUCUGUGGCUUUUAAUUACGGCCAAUUAAAAUACAUCCUGAACAAAUCGACACUUUUAAAGUCCAGUUCUUUAAGGUUUGAUGGAGACGACGAAUUUCAUCUUCAAGCCUAGAUCUUUGAAGUUGCUGUGAGGGGCUGAUGAAAGCUCUUGGUUGUGGCGUUUGAAGUGCGCACAGCAGCUGGCUUUGUGUUCGUGGGGCUCCUCCCGUUUCUGUGAUGAAGUUCGGAUGCGCGUCACCAAAGCAGCGCGCACAGCUGAGGAGCUUCCCCGACGCCACGCCACGGCACGAGAGAUGGGGAGAUGCGUGGAUCACGAUCACGGGAGGCUUCGAAUGUGACAUUGCCCCGUCGUUUGUACUUCCACAGAACGCGUUGCCACCCUUUGUGUGAGCACUGACCGAGCUGAUCUGGAUUCAGAAGACCCAGCAGCACCUAUCCCCCCCCCUAUCCACAAACCUUCCUGGGCUGCGUGGACCGUGAAAAACCUCUCGGAUCGGUUUUAGUUUUACUCCCAACAGAUCGUGCGUGCGUUUUGAAAACAAAAUUGGAUCCGGGAAAUGUUGGCAUGGCCGCCUCGGGAGCUCAUAAGUGUCCGAAGAGUGAGAAGUUGGACGAGGCGCAGGCUCUGGCCAAGAGCUGCGCGGGGAGACCAGACUUCCUGCCGUGUGAUGGACUCUCCAUCUGCGCGACGCACAGCCACGGGAAGUGCUUCAAGCUGCACUGGUGCUGCCACUUGGGCUGGUGUCACUGUAAGUACGUGUACCAGCCCAUGACCAAUGUGUGCCAUCUGCCCAGCACAGCUGUGCCGCCCGUCGGUUCAGAGUGCAGCGACACCAUGGACCUCUCCGUCUCUCUGGCCGAGCGCUUCCUGAAGCUGGCGCCCAGCUUCCAGUCUCCGCCUCACCUGGAGUCUCCCAAGUACUGUGUCAUCGCGGAUCUGUUUGUGGACGACUACAUUGUCAAACGGAUCAAUGGGAAGAUGUGCUACGUGCAGCGGCCCCUGCCUCCCUUACCGGAACCGCCUCGACCUCCCACCCCUCAGCCGCCCGCUCCAGCUACACCUCAAAUGCCCCCUAAUCCCAGUCCGCCCGAGCAGCCGAUGAGCCCGAAGCGGCAGGCUCCUGCUCCGCCGGUCCCACAGCCGUACAGCGAACAGAAACACCUCUCCACUGUCGAGAAACUAAAAGGCCCUAAAAUGGACCACUGCUCGUCCCCGUCCAGCUCCGAGGACUCCGGUAUCAACGCGCUGGGCCUCCACUUCCUGGAGUCCUGCGAGGAGGGAAGUGAGGACGAGGAGGAUGAGUUGAGCACAGAUGGAAACUCGAGCCCUGGUAGCCUCUGGGACCAGGACGACUGUUCUCUUCUCUCCCCCUCCAAGUCAAUGAUAGAGAUCAUCGAAAAGAUUGAAACAACAGUCUAACUGACAUACAGAAACCACUUGUGAGGAGGACCAACGGAGCGGUGUCCAACAGAGAACAGCACUCCGGGAUUUCAUUUUCCACGGACUCACAGGGAGCUCAAUCUAGUGGUUCUGUACGGUAUUGGCAAGGUUGCUUCAGGCUGAAUUUCUUCUCCUGCAUGUGGCUGAAGACUAUACAGCCACAAAUUUCACAGAGCCUCUUUUCUGCCCAAUCCCCCUGCAUGGAGUUCAUUUCUGAGACUUAUCGGAAUCAAGGAGGAAGCACAAAAAUCUCAAGGAUGUGAACAGUGGACAGAAAUUUAAGAGUAGAGUAGAAACACRUCAAAACAGACACGAGAGAUAUAAACGAUAGGGUUUUUUGUGAUUUUCUUGUGUAGGUAAGUUAUGGGAGCUACAUUAUGUAGGAACAAAUUUGUUCUCUGACGACAACGAACAGUGAGGUAACUCUUGGUGUUCUCCAAUUGUCAGUCUUCAGUCUCAUUCAACCUCCAUGUCAUCUCUUAUUCACUGGUAAGCGACUCCACCCACACACACGCUACUAAUUCUGACACUUUAGCGUAAUGAUUGCCAGGCCGGCUACCUCUCAUGAACCUCGAGCACAUCAGGCUUUUAACUCGUUAAAGACUCUCCUCCGAGCUGCUCAGACGCUGCCUGCUUCUGUCGCAUUAGGGAAAAAAAAAAGCUUUCAGAGGUCACAAUUCAUCCGCACUUUACCGACGCCAUCACAGGCGGCAGGUAGGUCGGGAUCUGACAAUCAAGAAUUACACAGAAGCACAUUGCUACACGGUAGCUGCCACUAAAGACCACUUCUACGACUAAUUACCACACAUUACUAUGUUCUUCUGACCACCUUUGUUUGAUCAAACUUAUCUAAACUGUAGAUCACAGGUCAGAUUUUUAAAAGUUGGGUUCUGUGGAGAGCGUUUGAGUAGUCGGUGUGCUACACUUACCGGUAGGUGGGUAACAAUAAAUACAGCUCACUAAAGAAAACAAUAUGAUUAUAGGUUCAUGAGGACAAGACAAGAAGAGAUUUUAACUGGAUUUUGGGGAAACAAGGAAUGACCUACGUUUCUGUUUUCACAUAUAAUGUAAAGGUUUUACAAACCACAAAGUAUCUUAUCUGUAUGGGAUAUUCUACUCCAGGUUAUUCUGGUUGAUAUGUUAUGGUUUCCAUACAUGUCUAAAUCUAAGGGGGUCCAAAUUCACAUAGAAACAUUUAAAAUGUGAUAUAUUGCACACAAGCAGAGUUAAGGUUUCAGACUGUGCUUUUUAGAAUCUCUCUACAGUGAAAAACCAUCCAUUUCAAGCUUGAUCAAUCUAUGCAUUUUACAUUUUUGAAUUAACAUACAGCAGUACAGAAUAGGAUACAUAAAAUAUCUAAGAUAUAGAAUAAUAAAAUAUAGGAACAGAAAUUAGAAAUUAUGAAAGAGUCCUGAGUCAUUUAAAAAACAUUGUUUUCCUUUGCUUUAGCAUCAACAGGAAGCUGCAAAGCGGACAGUAAUGUUUGCAUAGCCAUUAACUGUUAGCUAUACGUAUAUUCCCAUAAUGUUUACAAACUAUUCAUAAUUUAUCUGUUACUCUUCCAACUUUUCUGCUGAGUAGCUAAAAUCCUGCUAGUUAAGAGAUUUAAAAGUGGUGGAGGUUUUUCAGUGCUGUGGUUUACCAACCCGACAGCGUCUGCAUUAGCUAACUUUGUCAACAGAACAGUGCAACAGCUCAAUAACUACUUCCUCUCAUACUUCAAAAUAAGUCUUAAGUAUAUAAAUGGAACAGGGUACUAAGAUUAGUACCUCACCAUUUCAUCCAGUGCUCAGAAUAAUAGCUUACAUUUAUUUUGACAGAUUGUCACAAGCUGGCAGCAGCUGGAUAGCUGGAUAGACUACUAAGAUAUUGGAUUUGAUGAGAAAUAUUGUGACAUUUUAUUGUCUUGAGAUCUGGUACCAGAAGAUCUUAUUACACCACUGCUUAACAGAGGUAGAUUUCUGUUUUUAGAUGUCAGAAACUCACUUUGGUUUGGGCCCUAAACCGAUGUAUGGAAAGCCAAUUAGCAAUAUCUAAAUAUGUAGUUUUUAAAAACUUGUACUUUUUUCCAUCUGUUAUGCAGUUUAAUAUUUUUUUAUAUGAAAUAGUACCAGAAUGACCCUAGUUUUCUUUUAAUAAAUAAAGUGUCGAGUUGUGGAUUAAUGCCACCCUCCCAACCAUUGCUGUGUACUGCUAUUCAGCUGGCUGCCUUUUUUCCCUCUCACAAGCUUUUAGCAGGAUGUAUGUUAAUUCUGGCUAAUAAACUAGGCGACCUAAGACUGCUAUUCUUGUGUUUUGCAAAACUCAUUAGAAAAAGACACAUUUCUUUGUUUUUGCUUAGGUUGAUAAAUCACAAUCACAAUAUUUUAACUGAAAUAAUCAAUCUAUCCAUUCAUCCAUCAAUCCAUCAUUUAUACCCAUUUAUGCUUUUAAGGUUUAUUGGGAGGUUGGUGUCUUUCUCCAGCAGUCAUGAUCUAAAUAAACGUAAAUAAUGGUAUUUAGGUAAGUCUAUAUAUUUUUAUCUGCUUUAUUUAAUCUAAAUACCGUUUUUGCUCAAGGGUAUUGUACCAUGAGAGUGUGUGCAGAGAACUAAUUUCUGUUCCUGCAGACUGAGCUAGCUCAGGUAGCUAUCUACUGCAAGCAGAAUACUGACUGCUCACAACAACUCCACAGAACCCCAGUUCAAAUAAUUUGAGCCAUCCUAUUAAAAUAGAUCUUUUAUAAAGAGCCAGAUAUUGAAAUUGCUUCAACAUAUCUCUGGCACUGCAAAUGUAGGAGAAUGCUAAAGACUACUAAGAUACAUGAUAUUGGCUCAAAUUGUCUAAUGUAUUCUUUUAAAUCACUAUUAUAACAUGACUGCAUAUUCAUUGGCUUUUUGGUGCUAUUAAUGCAUCUAUUAUGAUGAAUCGAAGGAGUAGGCAGGGAAAGAAGUAGAUUAGAAUAGUUUGUCACAGUUAGUUUGUACUAUUGGACAGAAAUAAUCACUUAUUGCACCUUUAGAGGGAUAUUACAAUGUGAGAUGGGAUGUUGCAUAGGUGUUGUGAUGUGGUUGAUAUAACAAGACGUGAGCCAGCCCUUUUAUUAGUUGGUUAAAUUAAGCGGGCUGGAAUUUUAUUUUUUUCCAUUUCUUUUUUCCUUUUACUUUAGUUUUGUUUUUACAGUUCAUUUGUCAAAAGCUAUCAGCAAAAAUUACCAAAAUCUUCACAAGUGUUGCUGAAUUUCCUUAAGCACAGAAAGCAGAAGUCAUUUUGCAUGACUGCAUUUGUUCUAGCAAAUAUAUGAUAUAUCUAUAAAUAGUUUAACAAAUUUUGUGAUUCUGUGUGAAAAAGAUAAGACGACUCCUAAAUCAGGGUGACAUCUCGUGGAGCAGAAUCCUUAUUAAUGCAGUUCAAAAUGUAUGUUACGUUCUUAUUAUUGUUAUAUUAUUUUCAUAUGAAUAAAUCUUAUGAAACUGA